UUGCAUUCAGGGCCCUGCCUUUGAUCUUACUCUGAUCCUCUGCCCUAAAUUAGAAUUCAAAGGGCCAACUCCGCUUGGCACGAACCUUCGUGGAAUCUGUUUUCAUCUCAAAAUCUCUGUCAAGCAAAUUCUCUUUUAAGGAAAGUUGUUCCCGGUGGCUCACCUGGAAACAUUAUAUGGUUCUAGAGUCCAUAAUUAAGGGCAAUAAAUCAGUAUAUUCCCCAUGUAAUCGGAUGGGUGAUCUGCAAGGAACGCAAAUGUCGGUUGACAUUAUCAUCAAUCAGGGAAGGAUUUGUUCUUUUGAACUUUGAGUUGCACAAUUGUGUCAAAUGCAGGAGGGAAAGGAUACAAAAGGCACACCUGGGUCCUACUGUUAAAAGAACCAGGUUGUGGCAACACACAGAUCUCGCAGACCGAGAAAAAAAAAAAAACAGAAACGAACAAGGGAGCUGGAGCUGCAAUUUCCUUUGACCACAUUUGCCAGAAAAUUAAAAAGAAGAAGAAUCCCAUUGCAGGAGCUUUCCAGCACAGGAACGACCAUUUUCCUUCUGCGCUUCGAUCCCGUUUUUAGUCUUCGUCUGGCUCCUCUACCAAGAUUUCACCAGGGUGCAUAUCCCACCCGGAAUCAGCCAAGGGGGAAAACUCUGCUUCAUGUAAUUGUUCAUGAGGAUUUUUAUGAGACUGGGUGCGAUUCUGCAGAAACUUGGCAUGUGCAGUGAAGUGGAUGUUCUGAGGUUGCUGAUCAACAGAAAACUCCCAAUGAGGGCCUCUGACUUGAUCGUCAAGGAGACACUUUUCGACACGGUGCCCGUCAGGGUCUACGCGUCCAAAUCCUCAAGGGCUGAGAACCGACGAGGGCUUGUGUGGAUUCACGGAGGAGGAGGGUUGUUUGGAAGCCUUGAAAGUUACCAACGGCUGUGCCACUUCUUUGCCAAGGAAAGUGCCACCGUGAUUGUCUGCAUCGGCUAUCCCUUAGCCCCAGAGCAUCCUUACCCAGCUCAACAGGUCAGCUGCUACGCUGCCGUCUUGCACUUUUUGAAGAACGCGCAGGACUACGGGGUGGACCCAGAACGGAUCGUGCUGGGUGGAGACAGCAGUGGAGGCAGCAUCGUGGCUGCCAUUUCUCAACAGCUGGUGUCACGGAAGGACCUGCCACGGGUCAAGGCCCACGUGCUCCUCUACCCUUACGUCCAGACCCUGGAUUCCAACCUGCCUUCUUACCAGCAAAACCACUCAGUGCCCCUGUUAUUCAAGAGACACGCCGUCACUUUCUUCAUGCUUUAUCUCACCGGAAGUGACAUCGGCGUGGAUGGCGUUAUGGCCAAUGCCCACUUGUCCCAGGAAGUAAGGGCCAAGUACCAGAAGUGGGUUAGCCCGGACCAUAUUCCCCAGGAGUUUAAAGUCCGGGGUUACGUGCCAUUUGUACCCAGUCUGUUUUCAGAAGACCUUUUCAGACUAUACGAGAGAUCUUUCGAACCCAGGCUUUCUCCACUCCUGGCGGAAGAUGCCAUCCUCCGGCAGUUUCCAAAGACUUUCCUUCUGACUUGCGAAUACGACAUUUUCCGAGACGACGGCCUGCUCUACAAAAGGCGGCUGGAAGAGAACGGGGUGGCGGUCACCUGGCAUCACCUGGAGGAUGGAUUCCACGGGAUCUCCUUAAUGAUAGGCCUUGGGCCAAUGGAGUUCCCCGGGACGAGGCGCAAUCUUCAAAGGGUCCUUCAGUUCCUAGAACGGUUCUAGGAAGCCUUUACUUUUAUUUCCGUCGGCCUUCUACGAUUUUAUGGCUUGCGAAGUCCCCUGCUGGCCAACAAGCAAAUCUGUCGCAAUCUUUCCCGGCUGUCUCUUGCAAUCGCAGGUGCUGGCUGCUGAAGGCAACCGCUUGUGUUAAGGAAUCAAGUUUCAGUGAACUGUGUUUUGUUUGCCUUGGACAUUUUAUUCAGGUCUGUGAAUAAUAAAAAGGGAUUGUUUUUUUCCUGCA